GCCUCAUUAGGCUCACUAUUUCUCAAAACAACAAUAAUAUAUAUUUCUAUGCAUAUAUACCAUCCAUUAUUUUUGUAGCAUGGUUAAUUUUCAAUAAUGUAUCAUUCAGUUCUUUCUAUUUAAUUUUUGAAUCUAUAAAAUAAAAAAAACUCUUCAACUUUUUAAUAUUCAACAUUAUAUAAAAAAGCACCCAAAGAAAAUGCCAACAGCAUAAUAAUAUUAUAAAGAAUGCAGAAAAAAUUGAAAAAAAGUAGGAGGAGAAAAAGCAACAUUUAUAGGCAGAGGCAGGACAUAGUCAUACACACCUUUGCAGAUGUAAUCUUCUCACCAAACCAAAUGCUACCAAACCCACCUUACCUGUAAUAAACUGAAUCUGUUUUUUGGGUUCUUCACUUCUUCCUUUAAGGCUGCUACCAUUUAGGAAGAGAGAAGAAAUGAUCGUGGCAACCCGUCAUACUAUAGUUGUCCCUAACCUCAGUCCAAUCUAUGAUGAUAGGUGAGCUCUUCUUGAGUUAAUGCAUGUUUACCAAGUUUGGGGUUAUGUUCUUGCUUGGUUGCCGAAAUCAAUUAAAGGAAUUUUGUAUCAAAUUUCAAAGUUCUCUUUCUUCCUUCUUCUUCUUGUUAUUUGGGGUUGAUAAAGACCUCUUUCAGGGGUUGAUUAACUGUUUGGAUCUAAUUUUGAGGAUGAUCAGUACUAAAUUUUGCAAGUUUUGUUGUGAUGGGGUUAACGUGAGGCGUGAAAGUAGAGGAAUGAAGUAUUGUGAUAAAGUGCAUCCCUCUCUCUGUGAGAGCUCAGAACCACCGUCCCCAUGUUUUGUGAAUCUCGAAACCAUCAAAAGUGAUAGCCUUGCCCAAUAUCUUGAAGCUUAUGAUUGUGAGUUUACAAUGCAACCGGUAACAAGCAAGAUUAUAACUUCUUUUAGUACUCAUCCUUCUCCGGUAUCUAUUUCACAAUCUGCCUGCAGGUGUAGGAGUGAUGAAGAAGAUGCUAAUGAUUUUGGUAAGCAUUUUUUGAGCCCUUCAACUAAAUAUUGUCAAGAUGUUUCAAAUGUAGAUUCACAUAGUCUUAAUGGUAGACAUGACUUUUAUAGUUGUAAGUCUGUGGGAUCAAGUCCUUCAGUUAAUCCCUUUAGAAACAAUUUUACUCCUUAUAGAGUUGGGAUUUCUGUACAGAAGAAGCAAGAAGGGAGCCCGAUGGCUCAAUAUGUUGCUCCCUUUUAUCAAGAAAACAUGGAUGCUUUAAGAAAGCCAAAUAUAGGGACCGAGGAACUUGAUAAUAUUUAUGAUUACUCUGAUGAUUUUAUUUUCCAUAAUCAUUAUGAAAAGUCACAAAAGCUUUUGGAUUUUGAAAACAAUGGCCUAAUAUGGUUUCCACCACCACCUGAGGAUGAGAAUGAGGAGAUAGAGAGUAACUUCUUCACAUAUGAUGAUGAAGAUGAUGAUAUUGGGGAUUCUGGCGCAAUGUUCUCAUCAAGUAGUAGCCUUUCAAGUAUGUUCCCAGUAAGGGAGAAACAAAACGAAGGAAUCAAAGAGCCCCUUAAAGCUAUAAUACAAGGGCAUUUUAGGGUUUUGGUGUUGCAGCUUUUACUAAGUGAGGGUAUCAAAGUUGGUAAAGAGGAUAAUGCUGGGGAUUGGCUUGACAUUAUCACAACAAUUGCAUGGCAAGCUGCAAAAUUUGUGAAACCAGAUACUAGCAGAGGAGGCAGUAUGGAUCCUGGGGAUUAUGUAAAGGUUAAGUGUAUAGCGUCAGGAAAUCCCAGUGAAAGCACCCUUGUCAAGGGAGUGGUAUGUACCAAAAAUAUAAAACACAAGCGCAUGACCUCACAAUACAAAAAUCCUAGAUUACUUCUUUUAGGAGGAGCCCUUGAAUUUCAGAAAGCUCCAAAUCAGCUGGCAUCGUUUAGCACAUUACUUCAACAGGAAAAUGAUCAUCUCAAGAUGAUCAUUGCAAAGAUUGAGGCUCUUCACCCUAAUGUUUUGCUUGUAGAAAAGAGUGUGUCUUCAUAUGCCCAAGAGUAUCUGCUUGAAAAGGAAAUAUCAUUAGUUCUCAAUGUGAAAAGGCCAUUAUUAGAGCGGAUAGCAAGGUGUAGUGGUGCUCUUGUUUGUCCAUCGAUUGAUAAUUUAUCUAUUGCACGCUUGGGCCACUGCAAAUUAUUUCGAGUCAAAAAAGUAUCAGAAGAACAUGAGAUUUCCAAUCAAUUGAACAAAAAACCAUCAAAAACAUUGAUGUUCUUUGAAGGUUGUCCCAGACGCUUAGGUUGCACGGUCUUGUUGAGAGGUAGAUCUCGUGAAGAACUAAAAAAGGUUAAACAUGUUGUCCAAUACGCUGUUUUUGCAGCUUAUCACUUAUCGCUUGAAACUUCCUUCCUUGCUGACGAAGGUGCUACUCUGCCUAAGAUGAAAGUAAAACAUUCAGUUAUUAGACCAGAGAAAAUGCAGUCUGACAAUGUCAUUUUAGUUGCCCCUAGUUCCUUUUAUCCUUCCAAUUUCAAUGCAAUAGGCAAUUCCUUCACUCAAAAUGAUGCAUCUCCAAGUCUUAAUCCAAAGCAAGGAAGCUUAGAAUCAUUUCCUAAUCAGGAUGAUCAAAUUCAUAUUUCCCCAUCUUUUGGUGGUUCUAUUCUAGAUACAUGCAAUGAUGAUUUAACACCUAUUGUGGAUAUGGAUUUGUGUUCUUUGGAACAAUUGAGUCGUUUACAAAUGCCUACUAUGUUUCCCUGUGAUAUUAGAGAUUUUCCCCAAUCUGAAAAGCGAGAAACUGUGACUGAAGAGGAGAGGCAUAAUAUGCAUGAAUUGGAAAAAUCUAAAAAGAUUAUAGAAGAUGAAGCUUCCAGUGGAUGUUUUUCAGCCACUGACACACACCAGAGUAUAUUGGUUUCAUUUUCAAGUCGGUGUGUUCUAAAAGGAACUGUAUGUGAACGUUCACGACUUUUUCGAAUAAAGUUCUAUGGGUCUUUUGAUAAACCACUGGGAAGAUACCUUCAAGAUGACUUGUUUGAUCAAGCAUCUUGUUGCCAGUCAUGCAAUGAGCCAACUGAAGCUCAUGUCAUAUGUUAUACUCACCGGCAAGGAAACCUGACAAUCAAUGUAAGGCGCCUUUCCUCUCUUAAGCUACCUGGUGAACGAGAUGGGAAAAUAUGGAUGUGGCACAGAUGCCUUAGGUGUGCUCAUAUUGAUGGGGUUCCUCCAGCAACUCAUAGAGUGGUUAUGUCUGAUGCUGCUUGGGGACUUUCUUUUGGAAAGUUUUUGGAGCUUAGUUUUUCAAAUCAUGCAACUGCUAAUCGUGUUGCAACUUGUGGUCAUUCCUUGCAGAGGGACUGCCUUCGUUUCUAUGGAUUUGGCAACAUGAUAGCAUUUUUUCGCUAUACCCCAAUUGAUAUACUAUCAGUACAUUUGCCCCUAUCAAUGCUUGAGUUUAGUGGGGAUAUUCAACGAGAGUGGAUAAGAAAAGAGGCAGCUGAGCUAAUGGUCAAAGUGGAAAUUUUAUAUGCGGAGGUAUUGGAUGUACUUGACAACAUUGAACAAAAGAAUAAUUCAUCAAAUGCAAGUGACUUAUCAAAUCAUAUUAUGGAACUAAGAGAUCAGAUUCAAAAGGAGAGAAAUGAUUACAUUAGUUUGUUACAACCAACUGCUAUCGAGACAUCACAUCUUGAUUUGACAACUAUGGACAUCCUAGAACUGAAUUGCUUAAAGCGUUCACUUCUAAUUGGUUUGCAUGUAUGGGAUCGACGACUUAAUUCAUUGGAUUCUCAUCUUGGGAAAGGUUCUGCAUUCAAAGGUAAACCUGGUCUCUCCAAGGAUGGGAAACUUGAUGCUUAUCGACAAAAAACCUACAAAUCUACAGAUUCACUAGAACCUCCUAAAAGUGACGCACGAUUGGAGCAAAACUCUAGUUUGCCAACCUUUGAAUCUGAUGUGCCAGAAGAAUUGGACCUUGCAUUGUGUAUUGAAAAUAAAGUGGAGAAUGAGGAAACAGAUAAAAGUGUCCAUUCUCCUACAUCUACAUUAUCUGAAAGAAUAGAUUCUGCUUGGAUAGGUACUGAUCUACUUACAUUAAAAGUUCAAUAUCCAGAAGCAUAUCAGGGAAAUGAGCUCCAAACUCGCUUGGUCAAGCCAACAAGUAAAAUCGAUAAUCUUCCUUUGAGAAAGGUAGCUUCUCCAAUGAGGGUUCAUUCUUUUGAUUCUGUAUUGAGACUCCAAGCAAGAAUUCAAAAAGGAUUGCACCCCUCAACAUUGCAUUUAUCAACACUUAAAUCAUUUCAUGCUACUAGAGAUUAUAGGACUAUGGUGAGAGAUCCUGUUUCUAAUGUGACAAGUACCUACUCUUAUACAUUGCCAUUUGAGGCACAAAAGUUGAAUUUAUCACUUCGAUCCACACCCACGUUAAUCAAUUGUGCAUCUCAUGUGGCUGAAGGGGCUCGGCUACUUCUUGUGCAGAGGGUUCACAGUGAUAUCGUUAUUGCUGUUUAUGACAAUGAUCCCGCAAGUAUAAUAUCAUAUGCUCUUAGUUCAAAAGAAUAUGAAGAAUGGGUUGAUGAUAAGUCCAUUAAAAUGGGAGGAGGUUGGAGUAUUAUUGAUAGAAGCAAAAAAGAUUCUGCAACUUCCAGCUUUUCACCCUGGCAGCCAUUUGGUUCACUUGACACGGAUUAUACACAUUUUGGAAGUUUUGGCUCUGAAGAUACUUCAUCAUCCAUUGGUGCCAUGUUUACUGAUACAAAAAGGUCUCCACAUUUAAUAGUUUCUUUUGGAGAUGACUCUUAUGUUGGUGGUGGCAUAGUGAAGUUUUCUGUUACUUGUUAUUUUGCAAAACAAUUUUAUUCUCUUAGAAGAAAAUGUUGCCCUAAUGAAGUGGAUUUUGUACGUUCCUUAAGCCGCUGUCAGAAAUGGAGUGCACAAGGGGGAAAGAGCAAUGUGUAUUUUGCCAAAUCGUUAGAUGAGAGAUUCAUUAUAAAGCAAGUACAAAAAACAGAGCUAGAAUCUUUUAAUGAAUUUGCACCAGAGUACUUCAAGUAUUUGUCUGAUUCUCUUAGCUCAGGAAGCCCAACUUGCCUUGCAAAAAUUCUUGGUAUUUAUCAGGUCUCUGUAAAACACUUGAAAGGUGGGAAAGAAACAAAAAUGGAUCUUGUGGUAAUGGAGAACUUAUUUUUCAGAAGAAGUAUAUCUAGGAUUUAUGAUCUUAAGGGCUCUGCAAGAUCACGAUAUAAUCCAGACACAUCAGGAAGAAACAAAGUACUAUUAGACAUGAAUCUGUUAGAAACAUUGCGAACAGAGCCUAUUUUUCUUGGAAGCAAGGCAAAGAGAAUUCUCGAGAGAGCUAUUUGGAAUGACACAUCUUUCUUGGCAUCUAUCGCAGUCAUGGACUACUCGUUAUUGGUUGGAUUGGAUGAGGAGCACAAUGAGCUUGUAUUAGGAAUCAUUGAUUUCAUGAGACAAUAUACCUGGGACAAGCACUUGGAGACAUGGGUUAAAGCAUCUGGGAUACUAGGUGGGCCAAAAAAUGCGUCCCCAACAAUUAUUUCUCCCAAACAAUACAAGAAAAGAUUCCGAAAAGCAAUGACUGCAUAUUUUCUCACAGUACCUGAUCAAUGGACUUUGUGAUUUGUUUCAUCAUUGAUUCAUUGGUUCAUUAAUAAGGUUCAAGUAAUUCUAAUUGUUGAUAAAUUGAGAAGGGCCCUCUAUUCUCUCAAUAGUUGUAGGUUUUGCUCAUUUAUCCUCUUCUUUUUCUUUGUGGGUAGAAUUUUCCUUCCAUUUAUGCAUAUGGAAAAGGAACAAAGUUUCUUUUAGAGGACUCUUUUUAAUGACCUCUAAACGAAAGGAAGAGUUGAGGGGCUCCUUUGUAAUUUGUAUAUUUUUUCUCUUUAAUUUAGUGCAUGUGCAAAAGUUUUCAGGAAUAA